AUGAAAGAUUAUUUGAUAUACUUCGCUCAAGCAUAUCCUAACUUCAGGAGACCAGAACUCGAGUCAUUAGCAGAUUUAUAUAAUAUACCGUUAGAUUUAAGUCAUCACGAUGAAUCAAAUCCAUUUCUUAUAGUUCAAUUAGAAAAUGAUGAUCAAGCUCGUAAAAUAAUGGAAAGAUCAGUGUUAAGUAAAGGGAUAUAUGAAUUAUGGGGUCAUGGGAAGACGGUUGAAGAAUUACAAGAAAACGUUAAACAAAUAAGCAGUGAUAAAUUUGAAAUAUUUAAAGAAAAUUCAUUCCGAUUCAAUUUCAUAGGCUACAAAGGAAGUAGAAGUAAUAGACAAAAAGUCAAAUUAAUAGAAUCAUUUUCAUUUAUGGCAUUUACUGGUCAUGUUAGUAUGAAUAAUCCGGAUGAAAUAUAUACCAUAUUGGAAGAAUAUGAAGUAACUGGUAGUGAAAAAGCUACAACUCCAAUAAACUUAUGGUUAGGUAGACAAAUUCAAUUAAGUGCUAGAACUGAAAACAUUCUUGAUAAAUAUGAUCUUAGAACUAGAAAGUAUAUUGGAACAACUUCAUUUGAUGCUGAAUUAUCUUUAGUGUCUUGUAAUAUUGGUCAAGUUGCACCUGGAAAAAUCACAUAUGAUCCAUUUGCUGGAACUGGUUCGUUCUUAGUAGCAGCUGCUAACUAUGGUGGAUUACCAAUGGGUUCUGAUAUUGAUGUUAGAAUGUUGAAGGGUAAAAGUGAUGAUUGUAACAUACAGGCUAAUUUCAAACAAUAUAAUACAUCUUUAUAUUUCAUAGAUAUCAUGACAAUGGAUUUCACCAAUAAUGCAUUAAGAUCAGAUUUCGUUAUAGAUACCAUAGUAUGUGACCCACCUUAUGGAAUCAGAGAAGGAUUAAGAGUGUGUGGAGCUAAGAAUGCUGAAAAGGCUGCUGGUAGGGAGCAUGUGGUCAUUGAUGGCGAGAAGGCUCAUUUAAGAAGAGAUUUCAUCCCCCCAAAAAAACCAUAUGAAUUAGCUAAUUUAUUGGAUGAUUUAUUGACAUUUGCAGCAGAUAGAUUACCCCUUGAUGGAAGAUUGGCUUUUUGGAUGCCAACUGCCAAUGAUGAUUUUGAAAUCAAUCAAAUUCCUCAACAUAAGAAUUUACAAUUAAUAUACAACCUCGAACAAGAAUUUAAUAAAUGGUCCAGAAGAUUGUUGGUAUACGUUAAGAGAGACGAAUCUUAUGCAGGUGAAACAUCUAAUGGUUUAAAAGCACAUCAUAUUAAAAACUUUAGGGAAAGAUAUUUUAAUGGAUUCAAUGAAAAAAGUAGAUAG